AUAAAGUGCUCUAAACCCACUGCGGAAACCUAUUUUCAGAAGAGAGGCUAAAAGCGUCUGGGAGCGUUUCUUCACAUCUUCGCUGCCUCCUCUGCGUUUCAUCGAAGAUGAAGUUCAAUAUAGCGAAUCCGACCACUGGUUGCCAGAAGAAGCUGGAAAUUGACGACGACCAGAAGCUCCGAGUAUUCUGGGACAAGAGGAUCUCUCAGGAGGUCAGUGGAGAUGCAUUGGGCGAGGAGUUCAAUGGAUAUGUAUUCAAGAUCAUGGGAGGCUGUGAUAAGCAAGGUUUCCCAAUGAAGCAGGGUGUGUUGACUCCAGGUCGUGUGAGACUCUUGCUGCACAGAGGUACCCCAUGCUUCCGUGGUUACGGUAGGAGAAAUGGAGAGCGCAGGAGGAAGUCUGUUCGUGGGUGCAUUGUUAGCCCUGACCUCUCUGUUCUGAACUUGGUAAUAGUGAAAAAGGGUGAGAGUGAUCUUCCUGGACUCACUGAUACUGAAAAGCCAAGGAUGAGAGGUCCAAAGAGGGCUUCAAAGAUCCGCAAGCUCUUUAACCUUUCAAAGGAGGAUGAUGUUAGGAAGUAUGUCAAUACAUACCGCCGAACAUUCACCACCAAAUCCGGUAAGAAGGUCAGCAAAGCUCCUAAGAUUCAGAGGCUUGUGACUCCAUUGACAUUGCAGAGGAAGAGAGCUAGAAUUGCUGACAAGAAGAAGAGGAUCACCAAGGCCAAGUCUGAAGCUGUUGAGUACCAGAAGCUUCUUGCUACUCGAUUGAAGGAACAAAGGGAAAGGCGUAGUGAGAGCUUGGCCAAGAAGAGGUCUAGGCUCUCUGCAGCUUCAAAGCCAUCAGCUGCUGCUUAAAUAUUGAGAUGUUGGUUUUGUUGAAGGGUGAUUAGCUUAAUAUAUCUACACAUUGCUGUCUAUCUUAUUUGGAUGCAGUUAUUUGAUCUUGUGAUGUUGUUAUCUAUGCUAAGACAAUUUUUUUUUUCCUUAUUUUACGCAUACUGGCUGCUAUUGUGCUAGAAAAACCUUGAAGUUGGGUUGUUUGCAGCAGCUCACGGGCGUGUUGGAGUGGUUAUUUUAGAUUUUGCUGUCCCUUAGCCCA